AAUUUACGGACAACUGUUUGAACCGUUGAAUGACAACAAAGAUUUGAAUCUCUGGUCACUGAAGACCUCAUUAGCCAUUAAAUUGUUGGCCGAAUGGCUCACAGAUUGCCACCGAAUGGGAAGCGAUUGAAGAGGUUUUCCGUUGAAUACUACAGAGAAGUGUUGAGUGCGUGGAAGACAGGCGACGACAAUAUCACCGCAACUCACGAGUCGGCGAUCAACACGUGUGCCGUCGAUCAUCACCGCAACGGUUCCACGAGAGCUACUGAUGAUCACGUGAUACGCAUCGAUGUCGACGACAGCGGCGGUAGUGGUGGCCAUCAGUCGCCGGCAGACGAGUCGUUGGAAUCAAUACCCGAAUCGCCACUCAUUGUCGAGAAGCGGUUCAGUGAUAGACAACCGCCGAAGACAUCGAAAGGAGUCACAAAAGGCGCCAAAAAUCGCUGUUUGGCCGCAGAGUUCAUACACUUCGAGGCGGACGUGGAGUUGGAUUCGAGUCAAGCCUUUGUGGACGACAUCGAAGACACGCAGAGAGAGCUCCUGGAGAUGGGGUCUGACUUGAGUUGUGUUACGAGUCAAGAGGUGGUCGACAGUCAGCCCAUCGGACAACUCAUCGGUGGUAUCGACAGCAGGAGUGCCGAAGACAUGAGAUCUGUUUACUUGAGAUCUAUAGCCGACCAGAGAGUGGGUGUCCACCGGAAGUACAAACUUCAGUACAAUUACGACACGAAUAUCGAUGUCUACUCUCAAGAGCCCACCGAUGAGGAGCUCAAGGACUACGAGUUCGACAGCUUUUGCGUACCAAACGAUUGCGUCCUUUUCGAUGACAAUAGCGCCGAAGAAGUGGACACUAAAGCGGUUGCGGAUCAGUCGCCGUCACCGCAGAUGACGCUGCGGUCGAAACGCCGCAAGAGAUUCAAGAGAAUCAUAUUUAGUCCAUAAGUGAUGUGAUAUAUUCUACCAUUCAUUGUCUCAUUCAUUAUCUGUUUGUUUAAGCCAUGAUUGCAUUGAUUAGCAAAACAUUGAUUUGUUUUUAUUUGUAAUUAAUUUCUAUAUAAAUGCA